AUGCCAAUGCCCUUUGUUACGGCAUCCUUUUGUUUCAUCAUACUAACUAGCACAGCCUAUCUUCACGAUAAAAGACCUACUCGUGGAAACACUCGUGGAAGGUUUAGCUGGGUGAAAAGACUUGUUCAGGGGCAAAAUUCUCAUACACCGCCCCACCAGCAUCAGCACCAGCACCAGCAUGCACAACGGGUUCUGACACAGCCAGCCCGACAGCCAACGGGGACUAGAGGAACAGGGCUUGAGCGGCCAAGCGAAGUCAGGUUCAGUGUGAAAAGUGCCCCAGUGAUUCCAGGUACGCCAGGUAUUGCUCUGGACGACAACAGUACGCGAAAGUCUCUCAAGAGCAUGGACAUUGGAAGCGAUGCUGAUGUGGAUUCCCAGAUGUCGGUGCAUUCUGAUAACAUUUCAACCAUCCCGCUUAAACUGAUAGUUUCACACACGUCGACGAACUCGCCUUCAAUUAUCAGCGGUGAGCCCCACAAUGACAACAACUCGGGAGUUGCAUCUACGGCGGAUACGUCGCUUUUACCGAGUCCUCAUGCUUCCGUAUCUCCUAGUUACUACACGGGACUGUUAACAACGAGGCAUGGAGCAGAGAGGGAGCGUGACAGCGAACUGAUAGUCACGCUUGCCAGCUCUUCAAGAAGGGUAAGGCGAAGGAGCAUCGAUACAAAUUGCAGCAUGGCAGGCAUCCCACCUGCCAGUAUUAUGGAACGUUUGACGGUGAACCCGUCAACAAGAGACCCUCCUGGGGACGAGGAGCAAUCGUUAGGUAGGUAA